AUGGCUAGCACAACAGCAACUCGAUUACCUCUGGACGUCUCCUUCUACCAAAAUAACAUCGACGCAGACACAAUCUUCUGCAAGACACUCCUAGAAGCACUAGCAGACGGAACCAAAGAUGCUGCCGAAGCUGCUCAUGACCUUGAUGCCUGGGUAACAGGCGAGUCCACGCGCCAACUAGAGGAACUUCGCAGUCGACCUGGCGUCAUCGAAAAGACAGCAUACGGAACAGUGAGCCGCUCAAACACACCCAACGCCAGUGGCUAUGUGGAACACUUCUUCAAGGGUUUCCCGAGCCUUGGAACUAUCUUUGCGCCGCACGAGGCGGGCCAGACGCGUUUGAUUGCCUUCCUUGAGGCAUUGAUGGCGAUGCCUUUACAUCAAGCUCCGGAAACAUUCACCAAUACCACUAAUUUGGAAGAAGUUGAGAGUAUCUCGCUCUGGCCGCGCGGCGUUAUUGACCCAGACACGUUUCGUGUGCAUGCUGCCAAGAUCGACUGCGUGGGCUCUGGCCUCGAGGUUUUGGGCAGUGAAGCUUUUCUACGUUGGCGAAACUACCAAUCGGCCCUGGCACGAAUUACCAUGACUGGUUUCAGCGAUUGUUCGUUCCUCUGUGGUCUACGCGGCAUCCUACCAAAAGGGAAGAAGUACAGCCUUCCGACCCCAAAGGUACAGGAAGGAAUACGGCCGGCUGACAUGGGAUUCCGAAUCCAGGCUGCAGUGCAAUGGCUUCUGGAGCCGGACGAGGCGUGCUGGGUUUAUGUACAGUGCAGCAAGAAGGAGAAGACGGACAAGGACAACCCACGGGAUACGUGGAGUAAGGAGAAUUGGGGGAUUUGGAAGGCGCAACUUGCAUUCUAUCGAGAUAACGACCUUGUCGAGCCGUCAGCUAGGGAUGCGGCGAGACAGGCUCUCGAGCGGAUGAUAGAAGUGGAGGCGUGA